AUGGCACAUAAAGCAUCUCCCAUGGAAAGCUCUUUGGAAAGUGAAGAAUACCACAUAGAUGAAGAAGUGGGCUUCGCUCUACCAAAUCCACUGGAGGAACUUCCUUACCCUUAUGAUGCCUGGAUUUCCAUUGUUAAAAAGCUUCCUGUCCUGAUUGAGAAUGGUGAACUACGUGCAGAAGUUGAGAAGUUACCAUUGCUCAGCAUCAAUGACCUCCAAGGACACAAGUUGCAGCGCCUCGCACAUCUGGUCCUGGGCUAUAUCACCAUGGCAUAUGUGUGGGGCCGAGGUGAUGAUGUCCGUAAGGUCCUGCCAAGAAAUAUCGCUGUCCCUUACUGCAGCCUCUCUGAGAAGCUGGGAUUGCCUCCCAUCCUAGUUUAUGCCGACUGUGUCUUGGCAAACUGGAAGAAAAUUGAUCCCAGUGGACCCCUGACUUAUGAGAACAUGGACAUUCUGUUUAAAUUUCCUGGAGGGGAUUGCGGUAAAGGAUUCUUUCUGGUUUCUCUAUUGGUGGAAAUAAAAGCUGCUUCUGCAAUAAAAGUCAUUCCAACUAUAUUCAAGGCAGUACAGAAUCGGGACCGAGACACUUUGCAGAAGGCCCUGGGUGACAUAACUUCUUGUCUGCAGGGAGCCCUUCAAGUGUUUUACCAAAUUAAUGAGUAUGUGGACCCGAAACUGUUUUUCAAUGUUCUUCGCAUAUACUUGUCUGGCUGGAAAGGCAAUGCCAAGCUGCCAGAGGGAUUACUGUAUGAAGGCGUCUGGGACACCCCAAAAAUGUUCGCUGGGGGUAGUGCAGCCCAAAGCAGCAUCUUUCAGUGCUUUGAUGUUCUGUUGGGCAUCCAGCAUAGUUCUGAUGAAGCAUCAUCUGCUGAAUUCCUCCAGGAAAUGCGAACAUAUAUGCCACCAGCUCACCGGGAAUUUCUUCACUCAUUAGAGUCAAAACCUUCAGUUCGUGAGUUUGUCCUUUCAGAAAGGGAUGAAGACCUACAGGAAAUUUAUAAUAUGUGUGUGAAUGCUAUGGUUUCCCUGAGACAAUACCAUUUGACUAUAGUAACUAAAUAUAUUGUGGUUCCUGCAAACAAGUCCAAGAGAAAACAAUCAUCUGAAGAGCCAUCAGAAGAAGAAAAUAAAGGAACUGGGGGCACUGAUGUCAUGAAAUUUCUAAAGUCUGUGAAAAAUACAACUAUUGCUGCCCUGUUGAAGGAAAUAUAA